AUGGCCCGGGCCGGCGCCCUGCUGCUCGCCUGCCUCCUGCUCGCCGCCCUGCCGGCCCCGCGGGCGCUCGCGCCGCCGGCAAAGGAAAAGAGAGGCUGGACCCUGAACAGCGCCGGCUACCUGCUCGGCCCACAUGCCAUCGACAACCACAGGUCCUUCCGUGACAAGCAAGGCCUCGCUGGCAAGCGGGAGCUGCAGCCCGAGGACCAGCUGCGGCCAGGGAGCUGGGACGGGUCCCUGCCCGAGAACGUCGCGCGCACCAUCCUCGACUUCCUGACUUUCUUGCGACUCAAAGAGUUGGGGGCCCUGGACAGCCUGGCCGACCUCCCCGUGGCCGGGUCGCCGGAGGACCCCGGGCAGCCUUGACCAGCCGCUGUUCCGGGCGGCCGUCUGUGCGGAGACCGGGGCGGGGGCCAUGCCUGCUCUCCCUGCCUCACUCUGCUGUCGUAAUUUAAGAUUUUGGGACAAUUAUUUUGAGUGGCAAAAUAAAAAAAUAGCA